CGGGAUAUCACGUAGGCACUGGGCUCUUCCUCCAGACAAAUCUCACCGGUUCUUGAGCUAGCUGUUUCCGCAACAUGUUCAGAGCCGCCGUCCGUCUCUCGGUCUCCGGUGUCCGGAGCUUAGCCCGUACACAACCAGAGUGUCGAGCCCUCUUGCCCUCAAGGUGUUAUUCGCAUGGGAAACAUGAGACAGAUGAGGAGUUUGAUGCCCGCUGGGUCACUUAUUUUAACAAGCCAGACAUUGAUGCAUGGGAGCUGAGGAAAGGGAUGAACACGUUGAUUGGGUAUGAUCUGGUACCUGAGCCAAAGAUUCUUGAGGCUGCAUUGAGAGCCUGUCGGAGAUUAGACGACUUGGCAAGCGCAGUCCGAAUUUUGGAAGCUGUGAAGGACAAAGCUGGGCCCCACAAAGACAUCUACCCAUACCUGAUCCAGGAGCUGCGGCCAACUUUAGAUGAGCUUGGUAUUUCUACACCUGAAGAGCUUGGCAUUGACAAAGUGUAGCCGGAUGACAUGACAAAGGAAAUACCCAGGACACAGAACCUUCAUGUUCAAAUGUUUAUCCUCAUUAAAAUGGAUGUGAUAUUUAAUUUGGCCUUAAGUUAUUUUGCUUGUAAAAUGUGUAUGAACAUAAUAAAGGCGAGGUAUCUUUGAGUGUCACAAGUAUAUUGGAAUAACUUCUUUAUAGUUUAAAGACCUGUGCAAGCAAUAUCCAAUUUUAAGUUCAGAUCAGAGCAUCGCUGUGUCAUCCAAAUGUUUGAUAACCUUGUUGUAAGAGUCACAUUUUUCCAUCAGGGGGCAGUACUGUCACAUGAAUGUAAAAAUCAUUCUACUGUAUUAAGUUUGCUUUACAUUUGUCUUCAUUUCAGGGAAAAUUUACUUGAUGGUAAAAAUAAAUUUGUUUAAAUGACA